AGCCUUCCAGCAGCUUAAUGCUGUCCUGGUGGUUUGGCGUUGGUGUGGUGGCUGCAGCCACACCGCUGAUCAGCGCCUUUGCUGUUCGACAAACAGAUUUCGAGAGAGAAUGUGUCCAUUUGUUAUGUCCAGAGACUGCCUUUGAUAAUGGAGUAAGAAAUCUUAUCAACGAAGAUUCACUGAGUACAGAACAAUGUGUCGAUUGUCAACAAUGCACUGCCAAUGGUUACAGCGUCUGCCUUGGAGUGCGACCAACACGAGCUAGUCGUGUGGAUGCCAAAAAUCCAUGCUCAUGCUCUCACUCAGUCCCAAUAAACUGUCACAAUCGACUACACGAGAAACAACAUCCUGCAAACCUCACCAUGAAGGAAUACACAGUGUGCUACCUAAGCGCGCUGCAAGCUCCACCACGCCCACUGGCUGUCACUGAAAAAGAUUCGGUCGUCUUUACGAUUGAGCCAUUUUGGCUAGAAACUUACUGGCGUCAGCUUGAUCUGGACAACCUGACAUUCCAUUACGACUUCCCGGUCAAGUCUCCGGAUGUGUGUGAAGGUACCGUAACCUCGUCAGAGGAUGGUGUGCAUUUAUGCAAUAAUGCCAUCUCCCUAAAUAUGACAACACCAGAUCAAAAAGAUGAGGAAUAUGGACAGAAUGAGAACUAUGACCAGUACGAUGACGAGUUGCCAGAGGAAGUAGAAAUUGACCGUGAAAUUUUUGGAGACGCUGAGGAAGUCCAAGUCUACUAUGUAGUAGAUGUCAAUCGACCACGACAGCUGCAGCCUAAGGAUGAGAAUGGCGAGAUCUUGCAUGACAUGAGGACAUCGGUGGAAUCAGAAAUUCUAAUGUUCAACCUGAAGACAGACUCUCAAUCACCUGCCAAACUUCCAGCCCCUGCAGAUACAGAUACACAAGACGAAGAUGAAGAUGUGAGCGAAGAAAAGGGUGGUACGGAUUUCUUUGAAGAAGGAAAGAAGCGAGAAGAUCAAGAAAAAGACGAUGAAGACGAUGCUGAAGGAAAGGAUGGAGAAGAAGACAAGGAAGAAGACAAAGAUGAAGCAAGCAAAGGUAAUGAAGGAGAGGUGAAUGAAGAUGAGAAGGAAGAUCAAGAGGAAGGUGAUCGUGAAGAAGGAGAUCAGGAUGAAGACAAAGAUAAAGCAGAAGAAGAACAGAAGGAAGGCGAGGCAAAGGAUAAAGAGGAGGGUGAUGGAGAAAAGAUGAAAGAAGGCUCUGAGGAUCAAGGUGAAAGCGAUGACCAAGACGAUCAGAAAGAUGGUGAAGAAAAGGAGGUAGAAGUUGCUAAAGGAGACGUAAGAGAAAAAGAAGAUAGCGAAGAUAGGGAAGGUGAUGAAAAAGAAGGAAAGGAUGAUACUGAAGGUAAUGGACAAGAAAAAGAAAAGGAAGGAAAAGACGACACCGGAGAUGAUGAACAAGAAGGAGAGGAUGAUAAUGAAGAUAAGGAACAGAAGAGCGAAGAAAAUGUGCAAACCGGUGAAGAGGAGGAAAAGGAUGACAAGGGAAUUAAAGAUACAGAAGAAGGUGAUGAUCAAGUGAAAAAGGAGAAAACCAAGGGCGAAGGGCAGAAAGAAGUCGAGAAAGAUGAUAAUGGGAAAGAAGAAGAUGAAGAUGAGGAUGAAGAGCAAAUGAAAGAAGGCGAGGAAGAGAAGGAAGGAGAUGACCAAGAAGGCGAGCCUGACGGUCAAGGUGGUGGUGGCGGUGAGAGUGAAGGCGAUGACAAGGAUGGUGAAGAAGAUCGACCUCUACCAAUACCAGUAGACGAUGACGAAAAAGAUGACGAUGACAAAGAAGGAGGCAAGGAUGACUCAAAGGCCGACAAGCAAGAUGAUGACAAAGAAGAAGACAAGACUGGCACCGAUGACAAUGGCACAAAUGACACAGAAAAAGAUACCAGCGAAAACGGUGAAGAUAACAAAGAUGACAAUGACAGUACCACAAAAGACGAUCAGGAUGACAAGGCCGACAACGAUGACGCUGAUGGUCCAGCAGAAAUGAUCAAACAACAUGAUGAUGAGACUAAAAAUGACGUGGAAGAUACGGGAGAUAAUGAAGAUGAGGGAGAUGGUGAAAAAAGCGAAGAUGACAGGGAUAGUGCACAAGCGAGUAAAGAGGACGGUGGGCAAGGUGAUGAUGACGACGAAAAUGAUUACCAGGAAGACGAGGAAGAGGACGAAGAAGACGAGGAAAAGGAUAUGACAUUUAUGCAACAAAUUGUCAGCAAUAAGGGCAUGUUAGCACGAUGGGUAUUUGGUGCAACUGUUGUCGUCUGUUUAGCGCUGAUAGCAGUCGUUUGCGCAUAUCGUAAACGAUGUUGUUGUCAAAAGGGAAAAACUUCUAAUGGAAAUAAAUACAGCAGCGUUGCUAGUCAACCACGUCAAGUACCGCCAGAAAAGGAACGACUCAAUCAAUAAUAACAUAUUCAUUAUGCACUGAAUCUACAUAUUCCGGUUUUAUGAUGCCAUUUAUACCAAAUCUAUAUAUUUUUUUAUGAAUUUGUUAAUCUAGUCUUGAGAUUAUUCUAUCCCAUGUUUAGUUCGCCACAUUUAUUUUUCAGUUUUUAUGUUUUUUGCAUUUUUUGUAUGUGUGUGCAAGAGCGCGUGAAGACCUCGACAGGGUCUGUAGAUACGGUUAUUACGCAAAUUCUUUGUCUUUUUUAUUCAUGACGUCUCUGCGUCACUGGAUACCAACCUCUGUAGCAAAUCUAGUGCCCAAUCAAUAUAUCGAUUGUCCCUACAUGAUGUUGCAGUGAUGCGCUAGGGAAGUGAAAUU